UCGCAGUUUCAGGUUUGUGUGCGACUCACACAGGACUGGGAGAGACUGACGGGGGUGACGUGCGUUUAUCAGGAAUUGUUUUCACUCCGUCGAUAUUUAGGAGCCCGCGAGUGUGUCGGUUUUUCGUCACGCUCCGACGUACAUUUUUUAAGCUUGAAAGAUCCCUCAACCGCUGUCGGAUGCAAAGAAAUGCGCGAUGAAAUCAGCGCGCGGAGUGUAAAUACGGAUCCGGCUAGCUAGCAGGUUAGCCUGCCCAAUUAAGCUAGUUAGGGCGCUUAGCUAAUUAACUUUGCGCGUUUUGCGUCCCUAAAAUCAAAUGUUUGCACGGUAGUCGGUGUUAUUUGGAUGUACUGUGUUUUUAAAAGCUCAGGUGGCUGUGGUCUGCCACCUGUCGCCUUGUGUUAGUUAGGGAUCCGGGCAUCUGAUGGACAGUGUUGCGGUGAGUCUGGGCACUGGGGCGGUUAGCUUAGCGAGACAGCAGAGGACAGCACGGAUGUCGUGGCAAGCUCAUUUGUCCCUCAGGGACUCUAGUUGGUAGUCAUCUUAGAUUAUAAAACUUGGCUUGGGCAGCGUUGAGGAUUUUUUUUUUAGUUUGGACCGAGGGAUCCAUACACAGCUGGCCUUCAAUCUCAUCCAGCAUUUGGCCUUGUUUGAUCGGACAGAUCUGUUUGUACGAGCACGCCGGGGUUGUGUUUGGGUAGUUCUGCGUUGAUUCAUCGAUUGUACCCAGAAAGGAUCCCGGUUUUCCCCUUCAGCACUUUCGAUUCGGUGCAGAAAGAGCCAGGGCCCUUCCGUCACCUAGGCCCAUCACUGGAGUUCAUUGGCUUUUUAUGCAUCAAAGGCCUGGACCGUUGCGAUUUUAAACGACAUUCCCCCAAAUCCAUCCCAGUACUUUCCCGCAUUCGACUCGUUUGCGGGAGGGGAGCACUCAGCAGUGUGUCAGAUCGGGGUUGGGAUCUCCAGACGUUGCGGUGAUGACUCUGGAGUCCAUGAUGGCCUGUUGCAUGAGUGAAGAGGCGAAGGAGUCCAAGAGAAUCAACGCCGAGAUCGACAAACAGCUCCGGAGAGACAAACGAGAUGCGAGACGAGAACUUAAACUUCUGCUGUUGGGCACAGGCGAGAGUGGCAAGAGCACGUUCAUCAAACAGAUGCGCAUUAUUCAUGGCACGGGCUACACCGAUGAGGACAAGCGUGGUUUUACCAAACUCGUCUACCAGAACAUCUUCACCUCAAUGCAGUCCAUGAUCCGUGCCACAGAGCACCUCAAAAUCCCCUUCAAAUAUGAAGACAACAAGGCCAAUGCUCUGGUGGUGCGUGAGGUGGACGUUGAGAUGGUUUGCUCCUUUGACCAGCCCUACAUUAAUGCAAUAAAGACGCUAUGGACUGAUCCAGGCAUUCAGGAAGCCUAUGACCGUAGGAGAGAGUACCAGCUCUCUGAUUCCACUAAAUACUAUCUAAGCGAUUUGGAGCGUAUCGCAGAGCCAUCGUAUCUGCCAACUCAGCAAGACGUGCUUAGGGUUCGCAUCCCAACCACAGGGAUUAUCGAAUAUCCCUUCGACUUGCAAAGUAUCAUUUUCAGGAUGGUUGACGUCGGUGGACAGCGAUCAGAGCGCAGGAAGUGGAUCCACUGCUUUGAGAAUGUCACCUCCAUCAUGUUCCUGGUUGCCUUGAGCGAAUACGACCAGGUCCUUGUGGAGUCUGACAAUGAGAACCGAAUGGAGGAGAGCAAAGCUUUGUUUCGCACAAUCAUCACGUACCCCUGGUUCCAGAACUCUUCAGUCAUUCUGUUUCUCAACAAGAAGGAUCUGCUGGAGGAGAAGAUCAUGUACUCACACCUGGUGGACUAUUUCCCAGAAUUUGACGGUCCACAAAGGGAUGCCCAGGCAGGCCGCGAGUUCAUCCUGAAGAUGUUCGUGGACCUCAACCCAGACAGCGACAAGAUCAUCUACUCGCACUUCACUUGCGCCACUGACACCGAAAACAUCCGCUUCGUCUUCGCCGCCGUCAAGGACACCAUCCUGCAGCACAACCUCAAAGAGUAUAACCUUGUGUGAGAAAGAGAGAGAGACACCUGCAGCCCACGUACGGCCGAAAGCACUACACACCUCUACGUAUUACACACGCAGAAACACACACGCACAGGAAAUGUAACCCGACUGUGCGGACACACCUUCACUCCAUUAGGCACUGGAUUUUCACGUUCACAGCCCUUCUUAUUUGCCUGUUUAUCUUUUUGCUUGAGUGUCGACACCUGCGUACUUCAGUUGAUAGCUUCACCGUCCGCUCCUCAUUGGUCCGUCUUGGUCAUACGUGAGGGCUGGACCGCUAAUCUGGUGCCUAAUAAUUUAGAGGCACGUUUGUUUGCUCGCUAGAUGGGCUGUAGGUGAGCUCUAACUGAGGUAUGAACUUUACCAAUACGCUGGGUGGAGAUUUUUGAAGGACAGAUGACGCGGUUGGUCACACGUCUAAACUUCACCUUGCAUCACUGAAUUUCACUAGGUGUCAGUUUUGUAACACUAUAGGAGGUGGAGGUGACUGACCGAUUUGAUUUUAAUACUAUGUAAGGGGUUGAUGUGUACAAUUUCAUGUUGUUCCGUCAGUACUGGAGAAAAGAUGGUGCACGUAUGACUUUACGACAUUUACAAGAGGUUCACGAAAAACAACGCCAUGGUUUUAGGUGUAAUUCUCAUUUAUGUGAAAAUCCUGUUUUUACAACUCUAACAAAGCUCUUUCUUCCCAAAAACAUUUGCCAGAAUACAUAGUUAAGUCCUUGAAUCACUAAAUUGAUCAUUUCUUGCAUUCUAAUAUUUGCCAGUAUUGUUUAUGAUCAGUACUAUUAAAGGGAUCGAGCUAGUAUUCAAUAUAUUUACGGAAAGAUGAUUUUGUUUACAUGCUUUGUCACAAAUCAGUUUUCCAAUCUUUGGUCGUCGACCAAAUAAUAAAAUAAAGCUUUUUCCAGCUAAUUCGUUCAAGUUUCUACGCAGUACAACACGAAUGUGACAAGAAAUUUAAAAUGUUAACAUGAAGCGUUUCAAACACACGUGGAGUACCGCCGUUCUGGGCAUAGCAUAACAAAAGUGCUACGUAGGGUCAAAUCAAUUUGUUUUUUUAAUGUUUGUAAUUUAUGGACCAGAUAAUCGGACUCGCUUUUCCAUGAGAUUGCACUACAGCAUAAGCGGGGAUUGAGUCUCUACUGCUGUAAAAAUAAAAUCCAUUGGGAAGUGAUCUACUUUGCUUUUGGUAUUUUACGUAAUUGAUUGUCACAGUUUUUUGAAAUGCUUGAAAAUGAGAAGUUCCAUUUCACGAACGUCGCUUUAUGCAAAUAGGAAAUUGAGAAUUUUAUCAGUGGCUGCGUCUCUGCUUGCGUUUUCGUAUUUUGAGAGUCCGCUCUCGGUUUCGUAGAACCAUAUCUUAGUACUCGCUCUAGCUUUUUUGGAUUCCAUAGCUAGUGCGUUUCACAGCUAGCUUGUUUUGGUCUUUAAUAUGUUAUUCAGGUGAGUUUUCAUACUUUCAUUACAAGGGCUAAUAAUGGGCGAGGCUGACUGAAUGAGAAGACUCUAUGAAGAUUAUAGAGCAAUAGGUACGGCGGAGGGAGUGUCUGAAUCAGGGACAGCGCGUGGUAAUGCCCGGGGAGUUGCCAUUGCCGUAGGUUCAGUUUGCAAUACAUCCAGGGAACGCUUUAAAAAUCAAAGAAAUUGUUGGUUUUGUGAGGCCCCUUUGAAUGGAGAGUGGAGUCUUUUUAGGAAAAUGUAUUAUGCGUUUAAACCUUUUGGAAGUAAGCUAAGCUUUUGAAUGGAUCGUCUUCUGCGGAGAACUGUUGGGUCAUUCUGUUAGUUGAGGGCUAAACUAUUAACCCUUUUCCUUGCGUGUUUUUUCCACUUAUGGUGUCGCACAUUUUUGCCAGGAAUGGUUUUUGAGGGCCACAGUCUCUGAAGUGCAUAUUAUUUUAGGCAUGUUUAUUCAUUUAUUGCAUACUUUGCGUUUCACUGUUCCAAUUUAUUGCUCAAUUUAAUCUCAAAAUAGUUUGAGGCAUUUGAAUAUUUGGAGUACCAUGAUCUACGUCGAACCGAAAUCUAAAAUGAAUUGUGAAAAUGUACGCAAUCUGUGAGCAACAAGCGUCACAUUUUAGUGAAUAGAAUUUCAUUUCAAAUUUGAAUAGAAUUUUCAUUUCAUUUUUUUUCUCAUUUGAAUGUAUUUUAUGAUGUGAUGUCGGGACUGUGCAGAACAUGGUUUCGAAGGUGUAAUGCAUAACAUUUUUCCAGAGCCACAGCUGUAUAUAUUUGCCGUUUUGUUGCAUUAAAAUAAUCUUCUAAGUCUACUUUACAUUGAUAAUGUUUGGAACUUUAUAGUACAAAUUAAUGAUUUGCCAACAUUGUAUUCAUUUAACGGAACAAUCGUCUCGUGCCAGUCCAGUUAAGCUGCUCAUUUUCUCCAAACAUCCAAAAUUUGCAUCCGUAAUGAAGGGCGGGGCUUCACGCUGCGUUCGUUAUUUACUUGUAUGUUUACUUAAAUAGAACGGUACUGUUAGUAGUUAAUGCCAACUAUUUCGAAACUUGUAUUGUAAGUAGAUGACAGUUGCGAUUUUGAACGUUAGGAAGUUUGUAAAUACAGGCUUGAUUUUUAAGGGCUAGGCCUAAUCUGAACCUGAGAACUGAUUCUUUUUUUUUCUUUAUGCAGCAAAGAAACACUACAGCCAGUUAUUUCCUUCCCAUUCAGUAUCGCAAAAUGUUGUGCAAAUGGUUAAAGAUAGCUUUGAUAUUCAAGUUCAGUUCUAAAACAUACUGUUAUGAGGUGUUUUGUCAUUAUCAACAGUUCACGGUUGAUGUUUUUUCCUCCCUGGGUCAAUGCACUGAACCUACUUUGCAGUAAUGGAACUAACUCCACUCAUGUGAUGUAUCUGUUCCUUCAAACUUGUUCCUGGUACUCGGAGAGAUACAAACACUAAUGAAUAGAAACGCCGCUUUCUCUUGAGUCCACACUGAUGUGAUGGAUGUACACAAUAUGAAGCUAUCUCUUACUUUCUGUUUUUCUGAUGUUGAUGCAUUACCUGAACACUUGUAUGUAGGACACUUUAAUAUAAUACAUUUGUUUUGAUAAAACAGGUUAAUAAUAACUUUUGUGUAGUGGUGUAUAAAAUCAAAGUAUUGUAUUACUUUGUAAUGUAUUUCUCGUUCGGUUGGUUGCUUUUUUGUUUCUUUUUUUAAAGCAUACCAAAUGUAAAUGAUGUACUAUAUUGAGUGUGCCAAUCCCUUUGAUUUGUAGAGCCAGACUCUUUACAAGUGCCAAUGUUGUGGAAAUCAUUUAAAAAGGACUUGUGUAUUUUCUGGUCCGGUUUUUAAAAACAAAUAAACAUUAAGUAUGUGAUUAUGGUAAAUACGCAACAGGAAAAGGACAAUUUUAUUCUGUAUUUAAGAUUCAAGGUGACAAACUGCUGUUUUUAAAAGAAACUACAUUUGAAUUGCAUGUGUUUGUUUUCAGCGGACAGGGUGGGGUAAAGGAGAUACUGUAUUAACGCGAAACCCUGCUGUCGAGGGGCUUGAUUCUUCUUCAUUUACAGUAUUUUAGACAUAUUUCUCUUUUGUAUGUUUCAUUUCAACCACUGUUGCCUGAACCUCAUUCAUACAUGAAAAUGACUUUCAUAGCCUUCUCCUUUAAAGAAAAAAUAUCCAUUUUAAAUUGGAAUAAAAUUUGUUCCUAUA